UUUUCUGUUCACUUUCUCUCUCCCUCUCGAAACUCGCGUCUUAUUUAAACGCAUGCGAGCUCUCAUUCGAGUUUGCAGCACCAGAGAAGAAGACCGCCACUCUCCAAGCUCAAAUUCCGCGACGUGUUCGCCGGAAAUGGUAUUCUCCGGCAAACAGGUGUUCCCGGUGGACUACGAGGCCGAGGUUUCGCAGCGACUGCUCGAAGCCUCGCUCUCCGGCGAUCUGAAAUCGGCGCUGGAGUGCGUCGCCGAUCCGUUCGUGGACGUUAACUUCGUCGGCGCUGUGCUCCUCAAAACGAGGAAGUGUGAGUUGUUGCUGCGCGACGAGUCGCCGAGCGAAGUCCGCGUCGACUACGAGGAGUUCAAAACCGACGUCACGGCUCUGUUCCUCGCCGUUCAUACUGGAAACGUCGCUUUGGUGAAGAAAUUACUGAGCAUUGGUGCUGAUGUAAAUCAGAAACUCUUCAGGGGCUUCACGACAACAGCAGCGGUGAGAGAGGGCCACCUUGAGAUUCUAGAGAUCCUACUGAAAGCUGGAGCAUUUCAACCAGCCUGUGAGGAAGCUCUAUUGGAGGCAAGUUGUCAUGGACAUGCUAGGCUCAUUGAGCGGCUUAUGGCCUCUGAUUUGAUUCGGCCCCAUAUUGCUGUGCAUGCUAUUGUCACAGCCAGCUGCAGGGGGUUUGCUGAUGUGGUGGACACUCUCAUGAAGUGUGGUGUGGAUGCAAGUGCAGCUGAUAGGAUGCUGCUUCAAUCGUCUAAGCCCGCUCUUCACACUAAUGUUGACUGUAGUGCAUUUGUGGCUGCAGUUGUGAGUAGGCAGGUCCCAAUCGUACGUUUGCUGCUACAGGCCGGUGUGAGGACGGAUGUCAAUGUGAGGUUGGGAGCAUGGUCAUGGGACCCAACUACGGGGGAAGAGUUUCGGGUUGGGGCAGGGUUGGCGGAGCCAUAUCCCAUUACCUGGUGUGCAGUGGAGUAUUUUGAAGCAAGCGGUUCUGUCUUGCACAUGCUCCUCCAAGGCCUUUCUCCGGAUACCCCUCAUUGUGGAAGAACUCUCCUGCACCACGCUAUUCUAUGCGGUAAUGCAGGAGCUGUCCGUGUGCUCUUAAGUUGUGGUGCCAAUGUAGAAUCACCCGUUAAAGCAACUGGUGGUACCAUGUUUAAUCCGAUACACAUGGCUGCCCGCCUUGGUUUGCCAACAAUCGUUCAAUGUUUAACUGAAUCUGGAUGUGAUAUGAACUCCAAGACUGAUUCUGGUGAGACAGCUGUAAUGAUCUGCGCAAAAUACAAGCAUGAAGAAUGUCUCAGAGUAUUGGCGGCAGCUGGUGCUGAUUUUGGCUUGGUUAAUGCUGCUGGUCAGUCUGUUAGUUUGAUUGCCAGGGCAGCUAGGUGGUCACUUGGUUUUCAGCAGGCGUUGAUGUGUAUAAUGAGUGGCGGAAAGAUGCCAAAAUCCAGCAACUUUUCUGUUUUCUCUCCCCUAAUGUUUGCAGCUCAAGCCGGCGAUAUUGAGGCCUUGAAAGCCGUAGUUGGUUCAGGAGAAUUUGACAUCGAUUAUCAAGAUGAUAAAGGUUUCACGGCCGUUAUGAUCACUGCUUUGAAGGGGCACGUGGAAGCAUUCAGGUUUCUGGUUUAUGCAGGGGCUGAUGUAAAACUGUGUAACAAGUCUGGUGAGACUGCAAUUACUCUAUCAGAAAUAAGCCAAAACCGUGACCUAUUUGAGAAGGUAAUGCUCGAAUAUGCACUAGAAAAGGGCAAUCGUUACGCUGGAGGGUUCUAUGCUCUGCAUUGCGCAGCACGCCGUGGGGAUGUGGAUGCAGUCAAAUUGUUAACAAGUAGGGGAUAUGAUGUGAAUGUCCCUGACGGAGAUGGUUACACUCCGCUCAUGUUAGCGGCUAGGGAAGGUUACGGUCUCAUGUGUGAACUCUUGAUAUCUCACGGGGCAAACUUGGAUAUCAAGAAUGCCAAAGGAGAAACACCGCUUUCUCUUGCGAGGAAAAGCGGCGGUGGUUUGAAAAAUGAGGCAGAGCAGGUGAUACUAGAUGAGCUAGCUCGCAAGCUGGUGCUAGGUGGGGCGCGUGUCCAGAAGCAUACGAAGGGAGGGAAGGGCAGCCCUCAUGGGAAAGAGAUGAGGAUGGUGGGAACUGUAGGGGUGCUCUGCUGGGGGAAAUCAAACCGGAGAAAUGUGAUAUGCCGGGAGGCGGAGGUGGGGCCUAGUCCAGCCUUUAGGAGGAAUAGAAGGAGCAAGAGCGAUGCAGAUGAACCCGGAGUGUUUAGGGUGGUGACUACCAAGAACAAGGAGGUGCAUUUUGUGUGUGAAGGCGGUGAAAGCGCCGAGCUUUGGGUGAGGGGUAUAAAGCUUGUGACCAAGGAGGCUCUUUCAGUAAUCGGAGCGUCAUGAACGUUGGUGACCGACGAGAAUAGCGUCAAUGAAGUAGGAUGGUGUAUAGAGAGGUUUCCGGGAAUACUUCGUCUUGAAGUAUUUAGAAGUAGAGUCGGUUUCUUUUCGUUGUAGAGGUUUUUAUCCCGCAGUUGUAAAUCUGUUAUCGUCUAAAGGGACAACGAAAAUUGAGCAUUC